UUAUUCGCAUAAUAACAUUCGUUCGCUUGCUCAGUAUAAUGUAUAAUGUUCCUGUAUGGUGUGUUGCUUUCUUUCUAUUUCGUUUUGAAUUAUUGUGUGUAGUUAUGUAUUUUAGGGUUUAUCUUCAUCUUAAACUAAAGUUAUUGAACUUUGUUUUGUAUCAAAUAAAAUCACUCAACUUAAGGUUUUUAUUUCUAAUCUCCUUUAAUUUGCUUUUUAAGGGCUUAUGUUUUUUCUGUUUACUGAAUUAAUUUUUGUGAUGUUAUGGAAUAUUUGUUAAUGUCCUUUUGUAGUGAUGCUAAUAGUUCCCUUUUUACUGGUGGUGGAAAUAGGGAAGAUAGUUAAAACUAAUGGUUAGUUAUCUGCUAUGUUCCAAAAAUGUUAGUUACACCCGUGUUGGAUCCUCCUAAAAUGCACUACUUUUGGAGGAUAGAACACAUACCCGGCGACAUUUUUGAAGAGUCCGAACAACAUAAGUUAUAUGUACCCUCUGUUGAACAUAAGUCCAAGCAACAUAUGUAAUUAGCUGGUUUAACUUUUGGGUCUUUUCAUGUGUGCCAUCAGGGGAUGUUAUUUUGGGGAUAAAAAUUAAGAUAGCCGUUCUAUUAGCUAAAAAUUAAAAUGAAACUAUGUUCCAAGAACAAGGGUCAAAAAGUAAUUCAGAAGGCUGGUUAUUUUGGGUACAAUACUUGUAUGAGUUGACAUUACUGAACUGGGAGAAUAUAAGUCCUACUCCUUCCAGUUUGUUUAGAAGGGAUUAUUUUCAUGUAAAUAUUCAUAUACAAAUCUGUAACAUGAUAAGGCUUCAUGUGAUAUAGCUCAUGAUCGCUCGUGGGAGUGUUAAGCACGUUGCAUAGUCAUUUGAAUCGCUAUAGUUAGAGUUCCAUGAAUCAUUUAUUGUUCUUUGUAUUUUUUUUGUUUUCUGCUCUAUCCGUAAAAUAACCUUAGUGGAGCAAAUCUAGAGUUAUUUAUCAAAAGAAACAAUUAUCUGCACCUGUUAAUACUUGGUAUCUUUUAGAAGCCACCAUGGAAAAACAGAUAUCUAAGAUCUUGUAUUAAAUAUAUUCUUUUUUGUUUCAAUUUGUAAUUCCUUAACUGACACUCAGAAGAAAGAAUUAUGAAAGACUUUAUAAUGCUUGAUCAUGCCAGCACACUUUGUACACUCUUUAUUGAAUAUAUUUAAUACCCAAAUAUUCAUGGAGAUGUUUUCAUGAGAAAUUGCAUUAUAUUUUUAAUUAACAUUAGGCAUGCUUUCGUAGAACAAUGUAAGGUUACCUCCUGUUUUCUUAUCAAUACAUUCUCAUCUUGUCACUGGCAAUUCCAAUUUAUCAUCCUUCAUUAUACAUCUUCAUGUGUUGUGUGGUUAGAUACGCAAGAUAAAAAGCAGAAGAAACAAAUCCAAGAAGUUUUCCAGUUCCGAGGAUGACUCGUCAUCUUCUGCUUCCUCUGAUUAUUCUAGCAGUCCACAGUCUUUGUCCUCUGAUUCAGAGGUUGAUUAUAGUAUGAAAAAACAUAGGCACUCACGUGAUAUGAAACGCGUGAAGAAAAGAACUUGGAGAAGAUAUUCAAGCCGAGAUGUCAGUGAUAGUUCACCCCCUGUAAAGAAAAGAAAACGGUCAAAUAGAAAGAGUCUUGAUUAUGGGAGAAAAGUGCAGAAGAAGCGAAAGAGACACGCUAGUAUUAGCUCCACGAACAGUGACUCAAGAAGUUGUUCUAGUUGCCGACGUUAAAAUAGUAUUAGCUCCAGAGGGUUUCAGUUUUGGGAAAUUGGGGCUGAGCUGCAGUUUGUGUGAAGUGAAAAAUGGGGAGAGUAUUUUUGGUGGAUCUUGAAGGCAAAACCUACAAUUGCAAAUUCUGCAAAACCCAACUUGCCCGUGCUGAUCAACUUAUUUCCAAGGCUUUUCAUUGCAGCAGUGGAAGAGCAUACCUGUUCAAUAAAGUGGUAAAUAUAUAUUUUGGACAGACCGAGGAGAGGACGUUGCUUUCUGGAACGCACACUGUGACGGAUAUAUUUUGUCGUCGCUGUGGGCAGAUUCUUGGCUGGAAAUAUGAGAAAUCCCAUGAGGAAAGCCAGAAGUACAAAGAAGGGAAAUUUGUCCUUGAAAGAGUCAGGAUCAUUGAUGAUGAAGAUGAUUCUGAAUUCUACAUUGAUACUCGUUCAAGCACAAGUGAUGAUGAAGAUACAAUGUAAAUAGUGGGAGCUUAGUGCACCGAUUUGCAGAUACUUGUAUCUUGUAGACUUAGCAAAAGAAUAGUUGUAUCUUGUCUGAAAAUCUCUCUCAAGUUUGUGGAUGUAGAAACUAAGUUGCUGCCGAAGUGUUUUUUAAUCAAUAUAUGCUCGACUUAAGUUAAUGCUUUA